AUGACUGCUAAAAAUCCUCAAGAUUCUGAUCCUUUGAGUUGUCGUUUUGCAAUGUCUGAAAAAUCAUUUAUUGAAGUUAAUGAUGGAAAACCAAAACCAAAAGGUUUAGGAAUGCAUGCCUUGAGAAGACGUAUUGCUGGGUUAGCUUUUAGAGAGGGUGUUAAUAUUGAAGAUAUUCAUUCUUUGAAUGUUUUUAUAAAAAUACGACCUUUAAAUAAAAAAGAAAUUGAAAAAAAUGAAAAUCAAAUUAUUUACCCAUCAAAAGAAUUUUUAAAUACUUUAUCUAUAAAUAACAAAUAUACCUAUGAAUUUGAUAAAAUUUUUUAUUCAGAUAUAGAUAAUAAAAAUUUUUUUCUCGAAGCUAUAGUUCCUAGAAUUUCAAAUUUUUUAUUAGGAUAUGAUUCAACAAUAUUAACAUAUGGGCAAACGUCAUCGGGAAAAACAUACACUAUAGAAGAAUUUAUUAAAAAAUCUAAAAAUAAUAAACAUAUUGCAAGUACUUUAAUGAAUGCAUCUAGCUCAAGAUCACACUGUGUAUUAAAAUUUAAACGGAAAAGUAAAAAUAUUAUCUACCCAAAUUGUUUUUCCAUUAUUGAUUUAGCUGGUUCGGAAAAGCAAAAUAAAACUGAAGCAACAGGUCACACACUUGCCGAAGGAAAUACGAUAAAUAAAUCAUUAUCAUGUUUAUCUAAAGUUAUCCACACUUUAUCUAGAAAGAAAAAAAAUGAUUUUAUUCCAUAUCGUGAAUCAAAGUUGACACAUUUAUUGAAAGAUUCUUUAACAAAUAAAUUAUCUCAAGUUUUAAUAAUAAUAUGUUGUUCUCCCGCUUUAUCAAAUGUCACUGAAACAAAGUCGUCCUUGGACUUUGUAUCUGAUAUUUUCAAAGAUCGUAAAAUAAAUAAUGACAAUUAUAGAAAUAUUUAUAAUUCAAUUAUAAUGUCAAGUGCUUUAAAA